AGUACUGAUAUUUCAGAAAGGUUGGUGGCAGUUUGCCUGACGGACGUUCUGAACUAUCGCUCUUCAUUGGCCGCCAUGUUUAAAUGCUGUUCUCAAUGAGUUUGUUAUUUGGACUGUUACACAGGUGACUUGUUCUGUCAGACUGCCUUGUUGAUUCUCGAAGAUCUUCCGGUAAAAAAUUGGAGAGGCUUUGGCCCACACACCGAUGGCAUGGGUGUAGAAGUUUGUCCCGUCCAUAAAACUGACUUCAAGAGUUCCAGCUUUCAUGUAGGAGUCAUGUCUUACCUCUCCCAGCCUAGAGGCUUGAAGCGAAAGCAUCCUGAAGAUUCAGAAGAUGAGGACCCACCGCGGCCAAUUCGAUCCCCUUCUGAAUACAUUCAAGAAAGAAAGAAAUUACUGGACUUCACUUAUGAAAAAUUAAAAAAGACUACUGCAGAAAAGAAUCCCAGUUUGUUACGUCAAGUUUUAAUGACAAAUGUUGUCCGUACUCUUCAAAAGGAUAUGGAACGUGAUGGUAUCCUGGUAAAUGGUUUGACUCGGGAGUCAACUGCUCCUGUAUGGUCAUCUAUGAAUAAUCAGGUAUCUAAUUUAGACUUAGAUCCUCCUAAUCCAAACCUUGAUAUCUUUUCUCUUGGUUAUCCCAAUAAUAUUAAUGGUGUUGAUCGACCUUCAACACCUGCUGUGAUACCCAUGACUCAUAGUGACUAUGGAACAAAUUCUGGAGCAAGUUAUUCUUCGGAACCAUAUAGGUGCUUAAUGGACAUCGAUGAUUCUCCCAGAGCGACCCCUUUUCUACGAACUUCUUAUGAGCGAGUUGAAUCUGGGGCCUUAUGGACUGAUGAUAAUGAUAGAUUAUCUAGUCUGAACUGGAGCUCAGUACUUAAGAGUACUACUUUUGAUGCAACUAAUGGUAGUAAUGACUGUUCUUUAUCUGAUGAUGCUGUUUCAAGUACAUCGCUUCACUUACUUAUGCCGGCUGUGACAGGAAUAGAAACUUAUUUAAAUUGUUUAAGUAGUUACUCAACCAGUUCAUCCUCAAGCCCAAAUGUGAAUUCUCUGUCAGGGAAUACAAGUCCAGUAUCAGGAUCUUCACCUUCUAGUAGUGAGGACGAAAUUUUUGGGGACGUAGACUUAGCAUUGUAUGAUUAUGACUACACCCCACUUUCUCCGCCCAAUGUUGCUAUGGCCCCACUCACUGCUGAGGAGUUGAUGUGGUCUCUUUCCAAUGACCAAAAGCCUGCUAAUACUGACGAUAGAGACUAUUUAGCUUCUAUUCGUACAUGACAACAUCAAAGUCUUGAGCAUUAAAGUUUUUUGAAAUUUUAAUUAAUAUUUAAAUGUUUGUACAAAUGUAAAUUUUACAAGUUUGCUAUCAUGGACAUUUUGUCAUGCGCCACAUCUCUGCAGACUAUCAUAAAAACUUAGCACAAUUAUUAUUGUUUUUUACUUUUAUAUUUUUCCAUGCCAUAGGCUAGCUUUGUUUCUACUUUCAUACAUAUGUACUUAAAUAUUAAUUAGUUGUUAUUUCAUUUUGUUUAAAAGAAGUACUAGAAGUUAACUACUUAAAAUAAGGUACUUCAUCCAGCAAGAUAGUUUUCACAAUGUUAGUCUUGAAACAGUGCUUUUAAAGGAUUUCUGCAUCUAAAGAAUUUUUAUUUUUUAGAAAUAUUAUGAGAUUAUUUAAAAUAUAUUAAACAAUACUAGUUAACAAUAAUUAAAUAUUUCUUUAUGUGCUAUACUUGAUUAAUAUAAAUAAUUUUAUCAGUUGUUGAUUUUUUGCAAUGUGGAAAAGUAUGCAUCAGUCUGUUUUAUAUAUAAAGUAAUGUAUUAUAUGAUUUAAAAUACACAAAGAUAAUCUUUAUUUUCAUCUUCAGUUUUGUAGUAAGUUACUGUUUUAAUUUUCUAAUAUUUAAUAAAAUUUCCUUUUAAUUGAAUUUUGAUAUUGCAGGGAAGAAGCAUAUUCUUAAAUUCAAGAUCCUUAUGUUUUAAACUUAAAUUGUCUUGUUUUGCUAAAUGACUGAUUAGCAUUUAUUUUAAACUGUAGAUGCAGAAAUAUUUCUUUUUACUAUUCUAGUGCAGUUUGAAAAAAGUUUCUUGGUUUUAUAUCAAAUCAUAUGCCUGUAAAAUUAAAUUUGUAACCAAGGAGAUUGUUACUAAACAUUUAGAUCAAUAUAUAUAUAUAUAUAUAUAUAUAUAUAUAUAUAUAUAUAUAUAUAUAUAUAUA